CCCUAUGCAAUCAAUCAAGCUGAACAAUUCUGGGUCGACAAUGCAAGAUGGUUGGAAAAUGUGGGUUACAGGUUACGGGCACGGUAUCAGCCAAACCGACCCCCACCCCAGCCUCUACCCUGGACGGAGGCCAUGUUUAACGCAGAAGAGUCUUAUUUAUUCUUACAGGGAUCAAUAAUGGACGCUGUGCGGAUAUCUGACAAUAAACCUGUGAUGCUCAAAGCAGUAUCACGAAUAAUCCAUCCACAAGAAGUUAAAAUUGGCAUGUAUUUCUCCGACAAAUCUAUUGCUUCAGAUCCUCGCAACCACUGUAUCCCUAUCUACGACGUCUUUCCAGUAGCAGACAGUGAAAUGGACUUGAUUGUUAUGCCAGUUUUGAGGCCAUUUGAGAACCCACAAUUCGACACCGUGGGGGAAGUCAUUGCAUUCAUACAACAAUUACUCGAAGGUAUCCAAUUUAUGCAUGAACAUCUUGUUGCCCACGGCGACUGCACAGAGAUGAACAUCAUGAUGGAUGGCUCCCGAAUGUAUCCCAAAGGCUGGAAUACCCUGGAUCCCUGGCAGGCAAGAGACGACCCAUUUCGUGCAGCUAAGCGCGCUGGGUUUCGAAUGCAAUUUUGGCCGAAAUACUAUCUGAUUGAUUUUGGCCUUUCUCAUAUGUACACUAGCAAAAGCACAGUCUCACCAUUGGAAAGGAUAUUGAGGGGAGGCGACAAGUCGGCCCCGGAACAUGCACCCGAGUACAAACGUGCUAAUCCUUUCUCGACUGAUAUAUACUACAUCGGUAACCUCAUUCGCGAAAACUUUACCGAGCGCAGAAAUUCCAGUCUUUGCAAACGAUUUUGUUUUUUGAAACCGCUCGUCGAUUCUAUGGUCCAAGAUGACCCGGUCAAACGACCCACAAUUGACGACGUUGUCAUGAAAUUUGAUGCUGUUGUCCGAAAGAAUCGAAGGAAUCUCAAAUUCAGGGCAGCGGCAUGCGACCUGCAACACUUCCAAUUUACUGACCAAAUCCCUGCACUUUUUCGACGAUUUACAAAGUAUUUUGUUAUGACACGUUCGUUACCUGUUCUGCCACACCCCGAAAGACAUUUGUCAUCUGAACUAUGUUGGAUGUAUUCGGGGUCUCCCACAAAGUACCCAGAAGUUGCCUUAUAUUCUCACUUUUGUUUGUCCUGUAGGGAUCUUUGUGUACGUCACAUUAUGAUACCCAAGUCAAUGUCUACUCGCAAUUUGCAGUUUCCCCUUUGAUCAAUUCAGCCCGCUCCCAACUUCGAGUGACCUCGCAAUAUGUAUGUUGAGUCACAGCAUAUCCUAUAACCAGCUGCACAGUGUGUAUACCACAAGAGUCGGGAAGCAAAACACAGUCAGACACUUACUACUACUGGACUACUACUGGUAUUGUUGAUACUACAGAUCAUUGUCCAAAUCAUGGACAUAAAGAAAUGUGGGACGCUCCUGACCUU